AUGUCGUUUGCAAAAGUCACAGGUGUUGCCCUCGUAACAGGUGCAGCUGCUGGUAUAGGUCGGGAGACAGGUUACGCAUUUGCAGAAGCUGGUGCGCUCACUGUAGUAUUUGCAGAUAUCGAUUCCGAAGGCGCCAAAACCAGUGCAGAGAAGAGUAAAAAAUUUGCAGCGAAUUCUCAAUAUCAAUCUUUUGCAAUUAAAGUUGAUGUUGCGGAUGCAGUUAGUGUUCAGUCGAUGGUUGACUGGAUGGUGGAGAAAUUUGGAAGGAUUGACUAUGUUGUUCAUAGUGCUGGCCUAGGAGCUACCUCUCUUAAGCCGACCUCUGACGUCGAUAUCGACAAUUUCGACCAAAUUCAUUCCGUUAAUGCCCGUGGAACAAUGCUUAUCACACGAGCAGUAACUAAAGCCAUGUCGACACAGGAGCCUCUCACGACUAAGGGUCGCCAUGGCGACGAACGCACUCUGGGUCGAGGAUCAAUUGUGCAUAUCGCAAGUGCAUUCUCGUAUAUUGCGGCGCCGGGAAUGAUGGCUUAUGUUGCUUCGAAGCAUGCGAUGAUGGGGAUUGUUAAAGUUGCUGCGCUUGACAAUGCGAAAUACCAAAUCCGCAUAAAUGCACUUUGCCCAACGUGGGUACAAACUUCAAUGUUGGAACGUAGCAUAGGUCGAUGGAAGGGACUCGAAGCAGUUAUUCAAAAAGCUUCACCGGCAGGAAGGGCGGCUACUGCGGAGGAAUUGGCGAAUGUUGCAGUUUUUAUGUGCAGUCCUUCUGCUAGUUACGUCAAUGGAUCAGGAUUGAUUGUUGAUGCUGGUAUGACGGUUACGGCCCAUAUUUGA